CCCAGGCUGGUGGUGACACCAGUAUGCAGAGACUUUGGCGACGAAUUUCAGCUAUCUUUCAGUGGAAGACAGGGUCUGAAGAAACACCACAGGAAAAACCUGAAGAUAUCUCCAAUUUGAAGUCUGUCAGAGGAAUUGUGACCUAUCUCUGUACCGACUAUGGCUGGAUUAAUGAAUCUAUCUUUUUCAAUACUGACAUGUUGUGUGGCAAAGUCCCACUGAACAUUGGGACAAGUGUCAUUGCUCUCGUGGAAGAAAACGAAACAACUCAUAUCCAAAAAGCAAUCAAGGUGAAAACUGUGACUAACCCUGUGGAUGGUACUGAGCAAUCAGACCUUGACAGAGAACUUUGUAUUAAGUGUGUCAGCUCGGUCACACAGGACAGCAUCUAUAUCGACAAGGAAACAUCUUUUCCUGUCCAUCUCUUUUCUGGAGAAUUCAUGCCUUGCAAAGGAGACUUGUUGCUGGUUGAGUAUUCCAUGAAGCCGGGCACUUCCAACAUGAACAUCCACACCGUGAGCCCCUUAAGCUCCCAGAAUAUGGAUGAGGUAUGUAUUACCAGUACUGAUGGAAAAACUGGUGUGGUGGAAUCCUGUGUCUUUUUUACUGUGGAUUCCAUCCAGAAGCCUUCUGAUUAUACUCCGGAGUUGUAUGACAUCGUGAAUGUGGUCGCUGUGGACAGCAUUCAACCAAACUGUUCUUGGAGAGCAGUGUCAAUGAUCCCAGUGGAAAUGUGCAUUGACCAAGCCUUGUAAUUCACCAUUAUUUAUAAGGCUCUGGUUUAAUAAAACAAAAUGAGCAUGUAAUCUAAA